UUUUGAGCAAAAUUGGGAGCACAAAGUAAAACGUAAAAGUGUCAUUUCGGAACAGUUGACAGCGGCAAAAAUUGGCCGAUAUGGCCGUUUACAAUUUUUUCCAGGUUCGAAGGUGUUUGUCAGUCAAUUGUUUCAGAAGUCUCUGGACAUCUAGGGCUUUACUCUCUGAACAGUCAAAAAAUGCCUCCACCGAUGAAACGAGUUCAAACAGCGAAAGCGAGGAAGAUUAUGAAAAGAAUAUAAAAUCAAAAAUCCUGAGUGCUUCUCUAAAAUUUGUCCACGAUUAUGGAUGGAGCCAACAAGCAAUCAGUGCAGGCGCGGAAUCGAUCGGAUAUCCAGGAGUGGUUCAUGGAAUGUUUCGAAACGGAGGUGCGGACUUGGUCCAGCAUUUUUACUCAUCAUGCAAUCAAGAAUUAAGUAAAAAGCUGAAAAAUAAGGCUUUGGCGAUCGACGCAGAUCCCGAGAGAGCAAAAAAAACACCGGAAGUUCAGGUCCGAGAGGCGGUUGAAGAUAGACUGAGGAUGUUGGUGCCUUAUAAAAAAUCCUGGCCUCAGGCGAUGGCUCUGAUGGCUUUACCUCCAAAUGUUCCAACAUCCUUGGCUAAUUUGCUCACUCUGGUUGACGAUAUUUGUUACUAUUCUGGUGACAGAUCCGUUGAUUUCAACUGGUACACGCGGAGAGUAGUCUUGGCAGGAAUUUACAAAACCACGGAACUCUACCUGCUGCAGGACAGCAGUGAGGAUCAGAAGCAAACCUGGAAAUUUUUGGAAAGACGAAUUGAGGACGCUGUUCAACUUCGCCGGGUUCUUUCUAUUCCGGGCGAUAUGCCACCGCCAGAUCAAGCCUUCAGCAAAGCGUCUGAAGCUGCAAGUGCGGCAUUCACAACGGCGCGGAAUAUACUUGGCUUGAACUGGAAUAGGUGAAAUGGAAUUUCUAAUAACUCUAGGAUGAUUACUAGUAAUAUGAUUAAAGAUAAGUAGAAUUACCUGUAAAAAGUGGAACUAUUUUUUGUAAUAGUUCUCUUUGUAAAAAGUAGCUGUACACAUUUUUCCAAACUCUGCACAGUUUUUGCAAAUCAAUAAUCAGUCUUAAUAUAUUUAUUUAAUUCCAUAAUCGACAUGCAAACAGAAUUGUACUUUAGUAAGUUUUUUUUUAUCUAACGAUGUACAGUAUUAAAUGCAACAGCAAUUUACAACAAUAAAAUCGGUAAUUAUGGAAUCUGAUCGUCGAUAAUAAACACUUAAAUGAUUAAAAAACAAUUUAUCAUCUGUCUACUUUGGAAAUUCAUGUUUCGCAUUAAAUGCUUCUAAAUAUA